AUGGCUUCAGCACCGCAAUCUUUCUAUUGCCUCUGGCAGGAAGAGCGCAUCCGUGAGACUCUCUUUGACAUGCUCCCCAAGGAAGACGUCUGCUCCGUCCGCCUGGCCAACUCAGCUUGCUGCAAUUUGGUUACCAAGCGUCUCUUCAUGCGCACCCACCUAGCCUUCACCGCAAACACCUUCACCAAGGCCAGCCGUGUCCAGGCGCUCUCGCGCAUCGGUCACCAUGUGGAGCAUCUCACAUUCUAUCUUGAGCACUCGGAAGCCACCUUUUUGCCGCCUCUCAUCCACCCGCUCACAGGCCGCGAGAUCAGCUUCCUAUACACGCCUCACACGUGCAUGGCCUCCGUGCUUACCCGGCCCAAGUACACCAACUCCGAGCUGGGCGAUGUCCUGACCCAGCAGUACCCGCCGCUCUUCCAUGCCGCCACCAACGUGCCCUCAUUCCUGAAUGCCAUGCAGCACAUGCCCAACAUUCGCCAUUUGACCAUCAAGUGUCCCGGACAGGAUCCCAAGGAGCGCUACCGCCGCAGUAUUGUCGACUACGCGCUCAUCAGCCUGCGCAUCUCCAUUGAGCGGGCGCCGCUGCACAAGCUGUGCAAGCUGUCCCUGUCUGGUGUGCACCCGGCCGCAUUCAACUACCUGCGUCAUGUAUCUGGCUUCGGCAGCCACCCGUCGGCCGCCCGCCGGUGGCGGCAGAUCCGCAAGCUGUAUGUGUCGGUCGAUGCAUGGGAUUUCUAUGGCUCGUCGCCUGGCCUGGAUCACCUCAAGAUCAUGGACGACUUCAUCCGCCACAUGGCGCCGAAUUUGGAAAAAUUCUCCUUCACAUGGCUCGGUGACAAGGGCUGCAGCAGUGGCAGCGGUGUGCGCAAGGGUCCUUGUCCGAUUGCGCUUUCGGGCGAUUCGCUCUUCUCGCCACGGCCUGAAGGCCCCAAGAAGCUUUUCAACGAAGUCACGGGCCCCAUGUCACCCCUGCCCCCUGCGCCCCGGCGGGAACCCAUGCACUUCCCGCACCUGCGGUGUCUCACGAUUCGCAAUGCGGCCAUGAACACACCGCAGCUGCGUGACCUGGUUGACCGGCACAAUCAAAACGUUCGCGAGUUUGACUUUGAAAACGUGUCGCUCGUGGAUGGCGGCAGCUACGAAGAAGCCUUUUCGCGGCUGCUGGACGAGAAAGGCAGCGGUGGCCUGAAGCUGUGGUCCCGCACGCGCAAGGGCGACAGCAAGCCACAGAGCAGCGAUGCCGCGGCGGACGGUGAGGUUGCCGCCCAAAGCUCUUCGAGCUCUUCUAGCUCUUCUGGCUCUUCUCAUAACAAUGGAGCAGGCCAGGGCUCGCCUUCUGGCCACCAGAGCUUCCGCUUUGCGGCAGCAUCGUACACCGGAUCGCUGUCUUCUGCAUCGUCGACCGUCGUGUGUGGGCCUAGUGCCGUUGCGGCGCCAGACGACGUGGAGCUGUCUUCGCCGUCCGCAGCUGUUGCCGCCGUCUCCAGAGAGCUUCUCGACUUGGAGGUGGAAGAUCUCGAAAACUACUUAGGUCUGGGGUCCGAGCUGCCCUUUAUGCUUGACUCGCCGUCGGACGUGUCUGUAUCUGAUGAGGCACAACCCUACAUGCGAGCGCCGCCACCGCCUCCAAUCGAGGAGCUAGACGAGGAACUCGACAGUCAGCUUCUCGAUGACGAAAGGAUUGAGGAUGAUGGCGAAGUGGUCGACGAUGAUGGUGGGCUUGCAUCUGACAUCGCUGCAGCCCAUGAAGCCAGCUUGACCUUUACGACCCAUUUCAAGAAGAGACGCAUUCGCCGGUCGCACAGACGUCACCACUCAGACGGAUACAGCAAGGACACCGAGGAGCGCCGGUCCCGAUCCCACCGCCACCAUGACGGGCACACGCACAGCCAUCACCGCCACUAUUCGGACCAACACGACGACAAAAGCCAUCCUAGAAAGAAAGAGGACCGGCGGCGCGAAACGUCUCGCUCGCACUCGCGCUCCCACUCUUCGCACGGCCGCCGCCGCAAGGGGCGCAAGGACAAGGACUCGCCCAGCUCGUCUGGGUCUGGUUCUGGGUCGCCCAGCACGCCUCCACCUCCGGCCCUGCCGGCCCUGGCUGUGCUGCACCAUCCCUUUGCCCACCGCACACCGCCACCCCAGCCACCUCAACCGCGGCCGGCCAUUGUUGGGCAGGACACAACGGCAGGCAUCGACGACGAUGUCUUCCGUCCGCGUACCGCGCCCGACUCGCCGCUCAUGGCGCCUCUCAACAUCUCGGCACCCAUCCUCGUGCCCAGCCCGCACCCGGUGGUGCUCCAGCCCACCGUGUACGAUCCCUCGGCCACUGUGACGGCGACAGCCAUUGCCGCCGCAACGGUGUCCGGGUUGUCGCGAACCACGUCAUCGUCCUCGUCCUCGUCGGCUCGUGGCCGUCAGGUUUCGGCCGGACCCGUCGAGGAUGACGGCCUGUCGGCCAUCCAGCGCCAGAUUCUCCAAGAAGAAAAGCAGGCCCAAAUGAACCAAACCGAAAAGCGCCAGAUGAUGGCCGACGACGCCGAUGCACGCACAUCGGCGCUCAAAAAGGCCAAGGAGGCUGUGCUGGCCAAGCUGAGCCGCGAGUUCAACCGGCGCAUCGGACGUGAGACGACACAGCUGUCGGCCGCGGCGUCGGCGGCUACCAUGGCAGCAGCGGCGGCGUCGGUGUCGAUGGGCAUGCCCACGAACAAUUACGGGAUACCACAGUCGGGUGGAUCCACAUCCACAUCCACGUCGCAAGACAACCACUACUACCACCACCACCACCACCACCACAACGCGGCUGCCACGGCAACACUGUCGCUUCUUGCCGGUCUCCGUCUCCGGGAGCGGCUGUUUGGCACCGAGUCGAUGACUGCAUCCGCCGCCCCGCACCUGGCGCUGCCGUCGGUGGCCAUGGACCAGUACCAGCACCGCAGCAUGGAGAGCAACUCGGCGGUUGUGCCGUUGAUUUUCAGCCGGGCGUGA